ACUGAUACUUCCGCAUGUAAGAAGUACUGUGUGCCAAGUCGCACGAUGGAACCUAUUUCCAUUGUUUGUGCUGUUUUUCUGUUUUUUUCAUGUCACCUGCAAGGGUCCAGUGCUCUGACUCCUGUGUUUGUGCAGAAGGGAAAGGAUGUUCUUCUGGAGGCCAUGGUAGCUGAUGUACCUGAGGACUUUGACCUUCUUUCAUGGACAUUCAACAAAAGUGACACUUUAGUAACAUUUUCACCUGUUAGAGAGCCAAGAGUCUAUGAUGCCUACACUGGAAAGGUUGAGCCUUCUGUGAAAAAUUACUCUGUGAAACUGAAGAAUCUACAAGAGGCAGACAGUGGAGUUUAUACUGCACGACUGACUAGAGAUAGAGAACAAACAGUAGCUGAAUACAACGUCACAGUUCAAGAUCCAGUGGCUCCAGUUGAGCUGACAGUAAACUCUGUGUCCAACAGCUCAGACUCCUGUAACCUCACUGUGACCUGCAGCACACAGGACUCACAUCACAUCAGCAGCACUUUGACAUGUGACACCAAAACCUGCAGUCAGGAGGGAGGAGAGAGGUCAAAGGUCACAACCUCUGGUGCUUCUCUCCUUGUCUACCUGGUGAAUGACUCAAUCAUCUGUAACCAUAGCAACCGGGUCAGCUGGACCAAGGACAGUAAGAUGAUUGGAGAGUUUUGUCCACGACACGCUGGUCAAAGAACAGAGCGUUACCAUGUUCUUCCUCUUGUUAUUGGUACUGUUGUGGCUGUCAUCAUAAUUAUCGCAGCUGUUAUUGUUUAUCAUCAAAAAAAAAUGAAGAAAAGAAAAUAUGAAACAGAGAAAAUUGAAAACACAGUGUAUGCAGUUCCUGAGGUUGAAUCUCCAGCACGACCUUUGGUUCAGAGUCAAGCUGAUGAAACUUCAGGUCCAACGUCCACGUACUGUCUGGUCGGGCCUCACAGUGAAGCCACUGGAUCCACUGAGACCAGAGGCAACACUCUGCCAGAUAGUCUGUAUUCUACAGUAGGAAAAUCUUCCAGGGCCUGAAAAAACAGGAUCGCAGGGCUCCAGACUGAAACCAUUUAGUCACAUUUUAGGACCAUCGUUGGAGACAGUGUGAUUAAAUUUUAUAACAAGGAGGAGCUCCAGAAUGAGGUGCAAAAAAGCUCUCAUUCUCAGGUUGGGUUGGGUCCAGUGUUUCCCACUGAUUUUUUUGACCACAACAAUAUCAACAUUGACCACCACAUGUUCAUUUUUUAUUUUAUCAUUUAUGGCUGUGCCAUUUGGUGCAGUUGUUAGUGUGAAUGACCUUUAGUAAACCUGUCAUCUUGUAUGGUGUAAUUUAUGACGUUUGCCGGGACUUUUAUUUUGAAGGGGGUGUCACCGGAAGAAAAAACAGACGGAGUUAUACGAGAAACUCGCGGGUUUUCAGCUGUUGUUGACAUGAGUCACAAUAAGUUUAGCACCCGGUCGAUAGAGGCACAAAGGUCUGUAUUUAAUUUAAGUCAGUGUUCCAGUUUGUGUUCAUUAUUUUGAGACUUUUUCUUUAUGCAGCGCAUGUGUGGGCUAGCGCGCGGCGUCACUGCAAGUCUGUGAGUUUGAGCCCUGGGGCUCGCCUGGGGUAGUAAGUACAAAAAAAAAGUAAAAGGCCAAUAAGUCCUGUAUUAAACCACCAGUUCAACAAGCAUCAUUCAUGCUUAUGCUGCUUAUGUGACCUUUACAUUUAAGUCAUGAAAAGAUGUUUCAGCUGUAGUAGGCUGCUAAUUAUGGUGUGGCAUAAAUAUACAGGUGCUAAAGUGCAAUUACUGUGUAAGUGUAAUUACUGUUUAUGCUGUAUGUAUUUUAUGUCAUUGUGCUGAAUCAUAUUACAUAGGGAUCUAAUUGGACAAAGCAGCACUGAAAAAAACUGAACUUUGACCCACAGGUGUGGCUCUCCAGUGCCUUGCUGGUUUGAGAAACAGGUUGGGAUUGACGUCUUGUUCAGGAAAUGUUGUUUGUUCAUCUUCCUGUUAGAUAUUCACAUGGCAAAGUAAAGCAGCAGAGAAGGAGAGAUGCUGUCAGGCUGUAGCAAAUGUAAGGACAGUGACAGAGGAUAAAGACAGUGAUGAAGUGCUGCCUGCUGUCGUUAGCCUAGCUAUGUUAGCAUGUGUAGAUUAUGUACUGUUUGGUACACCACCCUGGUAAAUGUUGUCACGUGGAUUUUGGUGUAACUUUGGAAUUAUAGACUUGUGUGAUUUUAUGUGUAUAAACUUGUACCGUUAACAUUUUCAUCAAAGAACCAGAUAGUUUGUAAGGCAGUUGUUAUCAUUUGGACCGAAGAUUGAAGUUUCAUGAUGAACCACGUGGUAAAAAAGCUCCAACUGAGAUUUUUACUUGCAGAACCAGUGACAUCUGAAACAGAUCGUCUCAUUUCCUACAUUUUGACUUGAGACUUAAAUUACUGUGAAUAUUUUAUGUACUUUGCUGCAACUCAAGAAGACUGCUCAUCACAUUUCAUUACAUUUCAAUUAUUUCCUGUCACAGAUUUGAACUUACUGUUUCUAUAGACUUGAAUUAACUUAUUUUAUGCAUUGCAGCUUAAACAGUAUUUCAACAUGAAACAAAUUAUUGAAGCUCAUUAUUUUCCUGAUUUAUAGAUAUUUUUAGAGGUGGUUGUUUUUAAAGAUAUUUAAAGGAAUACUUUAUAUAUAAAUACUUGCACCCAGUAGAUUUGAAAAUGUCACUCUGCAAAGAUUGCAGCUGUUCUGAGCAUAUGGAUCAGCAGCAGAGACAAACAUUAUGCUGGAAAAAGCUUGAAACUUUUCAGAGACCACUUUUAAACCUAUUUUGAAUAUUUGAUGCUCAAAAGAUAAAUUCUCAUUAUAGAAUUCCUUUAAGUUCAAAUCAUAAAUGUCAACUGUUAAGUCAACUUUGAAAUCAUGUUUUGUUGUGCAUUCAAUACCAAUGAUUGAUUCUUUACUGAAAAACUCACAAUUGGAUCAGAAAAAUGUGACACAGUAUUAAUUUACAAGAUCAUACAAACAUGAGCAGUGUGUAUAAUGAUGCUUGAACAAUGAACUGCUUUGCUUGGUUAAUAUAGUUGUAUGACUACAUGCUGUGUUACAUAUAUUUUAGUCAUUUUAAUCAAAUUGAAUUGAACAUCCUCCAAAAACAUUGUUUAACAUGGUCAUCUCCUUACAAAUAUGGUAUUUACAAAGUGAGCACAUUGAUUAUUGGUGUCCAUAGAUUAAAAAGAAUCUGAAGUAGAAUUUGUGUUAAAUAGUAAAAGAUUUCUUGUAAAGAAUCAUUGUUUACAUUCACAUUAAGUAUUCCUCACAGUGAGUAUCCUUGAAUUCUUACAAAAGUGCAUUUGCAAAGCUGAAAUAAAAACAAAUAAAAUGCAUUGUUUAUA